AUGUCAGCUGUAAACAGUACAUUGUUGGAGCACUCGAAUAGACUUGAACAAUUUAAAAAUCAAGAGUCGGAUAGCGAGGCGAUCAGAUUGAGAAACGAAAAUCUUGAACUUAAAAAGGAAAAUGGGCGCUUGACAGAACAGAUAAAUAAUUUGAGUUGCACUCUAACUGACCUUCAAGAUAAAGUGAAACAAGUGGAAGAAGAGAAAGCCAGUCUAAUUACAGCUAUCUGGCUAUUAAACAAAGAAUUAGGAGUCAACCAACAUUAAAUAGUAGCGAGUCAACUGGAGAGAAAAUUAAUUCCGACGAAGCUGACGACUGUCAACGUUGUCAACAACUGAGUAGAGCCUAUCCGGAUAUUCCAACCCAAAAUAGAUAUUCUACACUAGCGAUAUCUGGACCGCAAGUUAUCGAAGAGACUGUCGAAGCCAUUCAGAGGCAAGCCAGUGGGCAAGGAUUGCAAGCUAUCGAAGUAGAAGAGCCUGUCGAAGCUAUCCAGAGCCAAGCCAGUGGACAAGGUCAAACAUCAACAUCAACACAAGACGUCGAUAAGUCGAGCGAUAAACCGAAAUCAGUUUUGAUUAUUGGAGACUCCAUAAUUAAGCACAUAGACCCCCGAAAACUCUCCAAAAAGACAGUCUAUAAGCGGUCGUUUCCAGGGAAAAGAGUCGAAGAAAUACAUGAUGAAAUAGACAAUAUACAAAUGAACGAUGAACUAUCAUAUGUAAUUAUUCAUGUAGGUACGAAUAAUCUAUCAUCCGAAAGCGUAGACUCAUGUGUUCGAAAAAUACAAAAGCUGGCUUUGAAGACCCGCAGAAAAUUUCAAAAUUCAAAGAUUGGCAUCUCCAGCAUUAUACAUAGAGAUGAUAUCAAUGUGUCGGCAAAGUUAUCUGCAGUCAAUGGAAAGUUAAAGGAGAUGGCUAACAAUGAUGACUUUGUUUUUAUUGACAAUUCGCGUAUUGAUGGAACAUGCCUCAACGGCAGCAAACUACAUUUGAACGCAAAGGGAUCGGCUUAUUUAGCCAAUAAUUUUAUAAAAUUUAUUAGGCCAUUGGGAAAACGAGCGAAGCUGCAAACGGGGUUUUUAAACCCAAUACAUCAGCUGGGACAACUACUAACCCAGCUAACAACCCAACCAACGACAAUUCCACUAUACAAGAAACCUCGCCGUUAG